AGGAAGAAAAGGCCUUGCUGUCCCCAGGGUCCUCUACUUUGCUAGAGUAUCUGGGGACAAGGCCCACUUGUGAAACAAAGCUAGUCUUGGACCCUGCUGGAGUCUGGAAUGGGACAUGUGGUCCUCGUCCUCCUGGCCCUUGCCUUUGCCCACCGAGAUUCGGUCCACUCCCAGCAAUGCUCUGCAGGAGGAAACUCUCUCUUGGUCCUCCAGUUUGCCAAUGUGGGUGCUGAUCAGCACAUUCCUGCUCAACACCAAACUCCAGGACCUCUGGGUCCCCUCUAUCACCUUGUCCACAAUUACCUGGAUGUGGUCCAACAGAACCCUUUCCCCACAGAGCUGUUGAAGGAUGUCCUGAAUGAGCCACCCACUGCUACAACUUCUGAGAUCCUUCGAUACCAGGCAGGCUAUGUUGUUUGUGUUGCAAUUGCAAUUCUCUACUUUGUGAUGGUGCCCCUGAUCGGACUGAGCCUUUGCUGCUUCCAGAAAAACCGGCACUGCGGUGGACGGAUCAAGGCCUAUCGCCGCUCUCUGCUCUGCCAGCGGAAUCUUCUCAUGAUCUGCCUGCUCCUCACCACCCUCCUCAUCCUGGGGUGCGUUAUCUGUGCUUUUGCUGCCAACCAGAAGGUAAAAGAGGAAGUGGAUCCUGGUGCCCGAGACACACUCAACACCCUGAGGACAUUGAGGAACCAUCUGAAUGGGAUUCCUCGAGGACUUCGGCUGACGGUGGAACAGUUCAGAGUCCCCCAAAGGCAAAUUCUCAGUGACCUGAACAAUAUUAGCUGGAACAUCGGCAGCACCAUCCACUUUCUGCUCAAGGAAAUGGUGUAUUCUGCUCUGGCUGCCAUUAAGGGCAGAGUACAAGACCUAGAGAGCUCCUUGCGCCACUUGCACGCGAUCCACAGGACUGUCCAGGCCCUGAUCCGGGACCAGGAGGAGCUGGCGUCGGCGCUGAAGGAUCAGAAGCAAAGUCUCACUUCUCUCCUGGAAGAGCCGCACUGCACGUACUGCGUGGGGGCCCUCAGCAGAGCUCAAAAUUUGAAGCUGGGGGUUGACUUCCAAAAGGUGCCUUCUGUUGAAAAAGUUUUGAAAAAUUUGCAUGGGCUGCCUCGGACCAAUUUCUCUGAAAUGAUUCACAAAGCCUAUAGCAGUUUCAAUGCAAUUCCACAGUUUACGGUAAUGAAAAUGGAUAAAGUUGUUCAAGAGCUGAAGAAGGACAUUGAGAAAGCUGCCCAAAAGGUCCAGUUUGUUGCAGAUGACUUCCCCAUUUCUGAUCACACCCGUCCCAUGAAUGAUGCCUUGGCGAAGGCAGAGAAUAUUAGCCGCCCUUUCCUGAAGGAGGUGAAGCAUUUUGAGAGAUACAGGUGGCUUGCAGGUAUAAUAGCAUGCACAAUUACCCUACUGAUUGUCUUCUGUAAUGUUCUGGGCCUUUCCUUUGGCACUUACGGAUUGGUUGCGCGAGAGGAUCCCAGCGACUACGAGAUCCGGGCUGAAGCUGGGGCCAAAUUUCUCAUCACAGGUGUCACCUUCAGCUUCCUCUUCGCCUGGAUUCUGAUUCUCUUGGUCGCUGGCACCUUUCUGAUUGGGGGAAACAUCCAAACGUUGGUGUGCAAACCUUGGGCCAGUCAAGAGAUUUACAGAUUCAUCGACACUCCUGGCAACCUUCCGCCUUCCAUGAAUGUCUCUCAAUACCUUGGCUUAAAGCAGAAUCUCAACCUCACGUCUGCAUAUCAGCAGUGCAAGAAUGGUGCUAGCCUCUGGGAAGUUCUGCAACUGAAGGAGCAGUACAGCCUCAGCGAGCAUCUCAGCGUUGCCAAGGCUCAAUUCAACAAUACCGAGUCCCAGAUCACCUCUGUGGAGGCCAUUCUCCCCUUACAGACCCAGAAGAUCCUCAGACAGGAGUUGGACUGCUUUGUAAGGAAAGAGUUGGGCUACAUCUCCCAGUACCUGGACUGGAUGAGGACCACGUUGACUGAGGAUGUUGCUUCCUGCCAGCCUUUUUCCAUCGCUCUGGACAAUGGCUGGGUGAUCUUGUGCAAUCGCAUUGUGGAUCCUUGGAAUGCCUUUUGGUUCAGCUUGGGAGGGUGCGCCUUCUUCCUUCUUUGUGGCAUGCUUUUCGCCCUCAAGAUGAUGAAGCAUUUUCGACCAAUUCGGCACAAAUUAGUUUCUACUGGAUCAGAUGAAACGUUUCCCUUCCACAUCCCACGAGUCACGUCUCUGCGACUGUAAGACCUCCAUCCCCCGCCCCAGGAUGACCACCUGCUGAGGGGGCCAAGGGUUGCUACUUGCAGGAGGUGCUCUUCGCUCCGUCUUCCCAAAAGCAUCCUCCUCCCAGAACUGCAGAACUGAGGACAGGACUGUUUCCAGGAGAGCUUUGCCCGCCUCCAAUUCCCAAUGACCCUUGUUGAAAUUGGAUAACAAAAGUUUGUGGUUAACGAUGCUCCAAACACAUGUUGAGUCUGAAGUUGGAAUGGCCCCAACAUUUGUAAAAACCUGGCUAUUGGGACUUAAAUGCUACUCAUCUCCCAGCGCCAUU